GCGCGUGCGCUGGCUGGGCGGUUUGGAUUUUGUCUGGAGACAUGGCGCAGAAGAAGAAGCGGCCAAACAGACGCCGGAAUCCCCGGGCCCACUCUCAGCCGCACCACCGGGAUGUGGAUGUAGAGAGUGACGGCGGGGAGUUCCAGUUGGCCCCUUUAACCGAGGAGGAUGACGGCGUGGGCAAGCACAGCACUAGAUAUUUACCAAGCUUUCCUUCAGCUGAUUGCCUAUCAGACGUCGAACCAGACACCCGUGAGAUGGUCCGACAGCAGAAUAAAAAGAAGAAGAAGUCAGGAGGCUUUCAGUCCAUGGGUUUAAGUUUUCCUGUUUUUAAAGGCGUAAUGAAGAAAGGAUACAAAGUACCGACACCAAUUCAGAGAAAGACUAUCCCAGUGAUACUGGAUGGCAAGGAUGUCGUUGCUAUGGCUAGGACAGGUAGUGGUAAGACGGCGGCAUUUCUUAUUCCAUUGUUUGAACGGCUGAAGGUGCAUAAUGCUCAAUCAGGAGCAAGAGCUUUAAUCCUAACUCCAACUAGAGAACUGGCAUUACAAACCAUGAAGUUCACAAAAGAGCUUGGAAAGUUUUCUGGCUUCAAAACAGCUUUAAUCUUGGGCGGAGACAAAAUGGAGGAUCAGUUUGAAGCACUUCAUGAAAACCCUGAUAUAAUAAUUGGCACACCAGGUCGUUUAAUGCAUGUCGUUGUGGAAAUGAACCUAAAGCUACACAAUGUUGAGUAUGUGGUCUUUGAUGAAGCAGACAGGUUGUUCGAGAUGGGAUUUGCAGAGCACUUACAAGAAAUUAUCCGAAGGUUGCCAGAUUCCAGACAGACCUUGCUUUUUUCAGCCACAUUGCCAAAGCAACUGGUGGAGUUUGCACGUGCUGGUUUGACAGAGCCAGUUCUAAUCCGGCUAGAUGUGGAUGCGAAACUGAAUGAUCAGUUACAGUUGGCAUUUUUCCAUGUACGAGCUGAUGACAAGGCAGCUGUUCUGCUUCACUUGUUGAGAAAUAUCAUAAAACCUCAAGAACAGACUGUCAUUUUUGCUGCUACCAAACAUCAUGUGGAAUACUUGAAGGAGCUGAUCACCAGUCAAGGUAUUGACUGUUCACACAGCUACAGUGCUCUAGACCAAACAGCAAGAAAAAUCAACAUUGGGAAAUUUGUCCACAGGAAGUGCAUGGUGAUGAUUGUCACUGACGUCGCAGCUCGUGGUAUAGAUAUUCCCAUGUUAGACAAUGUCAUAAACUACAACUUCCCAUCCAAAGCCAAGCUUUUCUUGCAUAGAGUUGGUCGAGUAGCCAGAGCUGGCAGAAGUGGUACCGCUUACUCAUUUGUAGCCCUGGAUGAAAUUCCAUAUGUUUAUGAUUUACAUCUGUUUCUUGGACGACCCCUCAAAUUUGCAAGCCAAAAUGAAAAUUCUGAAGAUACAAAUGGAAUAUAUGGCAGGGUACCCCAAAAUACUAUAGAUGAUGAGGAAUCACUACUUAUAGCAGACCAUAAAGCUUCACUAGACCUUCAGAACCUGAAAAGAGUGUCCGAGAAUGCUUACUUACAGUACCUGAAGUCAAGGCCAAAUCCUUCUCCAGAAUCAGUAAAAAGAGUUAGAGAUAUGGAUUUUUCAACACUGGGCAUUCAUCCAUUACUUGGUAUUAACAUAGAAGAUACAGAACUUCAAAGACUUAAAAUUAUUAACAGUAUCAAAAACUACAAAGCAAAAUCUACCAUUUUUGAAGUCAGUUCUACAAAUAAAACCACUGCAAGUGAGAUUAUGAGGAUGACACGAAAUAAGCAGAGCCGGGUUAUAAACAAGUUUCAACGGUUGAAGGAAGAAAAGAAAGCAGCUGCUUCCAAGAACAUGCCGAGCCCAGUGGAGACAGAUCUCCCAGUUGGUCAGCAAUCUGAUGAAGAUAACAUUAAGACUGUAUUCUCUGAAGCUAUGGGGAGAAAGAGGAAAAAUGAACAAUCCACAAAUCAUUUUCCCAAAAUUAAGAAAGAAUGUGGGAAGGAUGAGGAAUUUUACAUCCCUUACCGACCAAAGGAUUUCAACUCUGAAAGAGGAUUAAGUUUAAGUGGGGAAGGUACCACCUUUGAACAGCAGGCAUCUGGAGCUGUUUUAGACUUGAUGGGUGAUGAAACAGAAGACAUGCAAAAGAAGAAACAAAUGCUGAAGUGGGAUCGUAAAAAAAAGCGAUUUGUCAGGGACACUGGCAAGGAAAAUAAGAAAAUAAAGACUGAAAGUGGAAGAUACAUCGGUGCUUCAUACAAGAAAAACAUCUAUGAGGAAUGGAAGAAGAAGUACAAGAUUGAUGAAAGAAUAUCUGAUGAUGAAACUGAAAAUGAGCGACGGAAUCAUAGGAAAAAAGGUGGUCGAGGUGGAAGAGGAAACUCUAGUUCCUUCCCAAGAAAACAAGGGCAACAGCAUGGAGUGCGAUCAGAGCUGAAGACCAAAGCUGAAAUCCUCAAAAAUAGAAAGAGAAAAGAAAAAUCUCAGUUCCUACAACGGGGAGGAAUGAAGAAACUCAAGCUUAAGAAUCGGCAACGUGUAAGAGAAAUGAAGAACAUGGCCUUUGGUAGAGGCAAAGGGAAAAUGCGGAAAAAAAUGUAAUUCAUAAUGCCAGAAGGACUCGACAGAACUGGACUAUGUGAUCUUAAUGCCAUUUACAGUAAUGAUGUGCUGCAGGCUAAGGUUAGCUGAUGCUAGUUUUUGUCUUCCUUGUUACUUAUGCAGGUUAUUGAAUGGAAAUUUAUUUGGGGGAAAGAAGAGAUAACAAUGCCUUAAACCAGUUGGACAUAUUGACUUUCAUGAGAUUAUAAGCUGGAACAAAAAGAUUGUGUGUUUAUAAUGAAACUUGUUUUGUAGAAUACUAUUCUGAAAACCAGUGCCAUCACUGAAAUAUUCCAGAUAAACAGUUUAGUCUCAAGACUGAAGAAAUUAUGCACGUUUAUUAAUAAAAUGGUAUACCUAGUUCAGCACAGUACUUUAUUUGGUAUUUUGAAUCCAUUUGUAGAAUGUAUACUUUCUGUCUGUACCAUAUCAGCCUAUUGUAAAAGUGGUGAAUUUUAUUUUUAAACCAUUUUAUCAGUGUUAAACUGAAAUGCUAUUAUUCAGAUAAUAAGCAUUCCAAAUUCUGUCAUGAACCACACCCUGAAAAAUAAAUUGCUGCUGUGUAUUGUACAAAUAUUUUACUAAAAUUCUGUAACCGAACAAAACAGUAAUUAAAUUGAACUAUCCUGGCACAGUGAAGGGAGAGAAUGGAAAACAGUAUAAAAUGAAGAAUUUCUGUGGGUGGAAUCUUUUACUAUGAACUGUAUCCAAUUAUAUAAUCAGUGAAAUAAUACAUGUGGCUGCCUAGUUAACUGAUGUGGUAUAAGUAAAUUAGUUACUAUCCAAAAAGUUUAGACAUUCAAUCUAGUACACUUGCAUGUGCCUGCCCAUCAACUCUAAAUUUAAACAAGAGGACUUUUUUUCCCUUUUAUGAGUUAUGUUAAUUUUCCAAAGACUCGGUGAUCUAAAUAGUGAAACAGACCAAUUUGACUUUCAUUCCCUACCUUCAAUGUUAUCUCUUAACUAGAUUUGCUUUGUUGUCUUUUUUGUGAUCUUAAGCACUGAGGGUGUGGGUGGAAAGAGAGUCUAUUGCAAUAUCAAGAUUUUCUUUUAAAUCCGUUGGACUUAGUUUUAAAUCUCUUGUCAAUAGUUACCAAACAUGAGCAAACUCCUGGAAGUACUGCUCUGUAUUUUAUAUUUAGCAGAUUCUCAUUGUUACAGAUAUAAAAUGAGUUUACGUGAACCAUUGUAGCCUGUAGUGAUGAGGUACUUCAGUUUAAAGAUAGGGUUCUGGCAAAAGAUCAGAAGUUCUUUAUGGGGAGCUCUUGUAUUUAUAUGACCAUUUAUUGCAUCCUCAGCGGAUCUUAAAGUUCUUCAUGUAAUUACGCUUUUGAAGCGUUGUCACUAUUGCAUAGGCAAAUACAGCAGCCAACUGAAACAAGUAAAUAUGAUGAAUGACAAGUUAAUUUGGUGGUUGGGGAAGGAAAUGUUGACUGCCUGACAAAUUAUGCUGUAAGAUCUUUUACAUCUACCUGACCAACUAGACAGGGUCUUUGUUUAACAUCUCAACAAAACACUGGCAUCUUCCAGCAAUGUUGCACUGAAGUCAGCUUAAAUUUUAUUUGAGUUAUGUAUUGGAACAUAAACUUACAAUCUUUCUUAACUCAGAGUUAAGUUGAUCCUGACAGUUUUGCACUUGAAUAAUGCUGUAGAUUUUACUUAAUUGUAAUGCUUUAGAUUAAUUAGGAUCCGGGUGUCUUUUCCCACCUAAUCUCUCUAUCCAGUAAUGUGAAAACCAGAUAUACAACAGACUUGUAUUUAUGUAGCAUCCACAGGUACUUCACAGGAACCUUAUAAACCAAAAUUUGGGUAUAUUGGGAAGAUGACCAAAAACCUGAUGCAAGAUAUAUGUUUUAAGGAGUGUCUUAGAAGAAAAAAAUGUAGAUAGGUUUAGGGAGGGAGCUCCAGAGUUUUAGGGAAGCUCAAGAAGCCUGAAUUGGAGGAGUGAAGUUACAUAUUUACCACUGUACUGGUAAUGUAGCACAAUUUAAUGUUAGCUGGGUACUUUGCAAUGCAACUUUGGUUUCUCUCUCUCCACUUCAAGUAAUCAGCUAAAACAAUAACUUUUUUGAGUGCACAGAGGACAACUCUUGAGACAAAUUAUAUCAGCUAUUUUAUGAACAUGCAGCUCCUGUUAAUACUUUAAGACUUUUCCCUUCAUGAUUUUUAGAAAUAGGUUAAAAAGUUUAGAAAUUUUAGCAACAAAUUGUUUGUCUUGAUUUAUGUGGCUAAGAAUAGGUACAUUUGUGUAGUGCACAAGUUACUGGACACUCAAUCCAGAGGCCUGGACUAAUGAUUCCAAUCUCACCAUGGCAGUUUAUGAAAUAGAAUUCAGUUUUUUUAAUCAGUUGAUCAUGAAGGUAUUGAAAAACGCAACUGUUUCACUAAUCUUUUUAAGGAAGGAAACCUGGCAUCCUCACAUGGUCUGCAGAAGUGGGGCUAAAGUCAAAUAAUGUAAUUGACUCUUAAUUGGUAGCCUCGGUGAAGGGCAAUAAAUACCCAGCAAGAUCCACACUUGAAGAAUUCUUCAAAAAUUGGCUUGAAGAAAUUCAGCUGUACCAUUGAUAUUUAGUACGGGUAAAGUGAACAAUGAGUGUACUAAGAUCUUCACUGAUCAUUAAGCUGAACAGGAAGAGUGAGCUAAAUAACUGCCAAUUGUGACAUGCCAUCUUCAAUAAAGUAAGUUUUGAGAUGCA